CAGCAUUCUGGGCUGAAACAGUGGAGCGCGGGUCUUUGUCGCGUGUACUGGGCGGUUCUGCGGCCGGCGUUCCACUUCAGGUACCUUAACAAACUCCCGCAGCUUGUCACAGGCAUGCUGUGAACCACCCGAGCACAGGCUUCCUCAUCAGUCCUCAAGAUCCACUCCUGUAUCCUCUGAGCAUUGGAGCAUUCUGAAGGUUCUUUCCAGUAGUAGAGCAACUUAAUGCUGAAAUGCUACUCCUCAUACCUGCCUGCCAGUAGCGCAUACAGUUCACACUGCAGCGCUCUCUCUGCAGUUCCUGCUGCAAACAUUAAACGGGAACCACAUAUUGAAGAGAAUGUCUGGAAGCUUCUACUUUGUAAUUGUUGGCCAUCAUGACAAUCCAGUUUUUGAAAUGGAAUUCUUGCCAGCUGGGAAAGCAGAAUCCAAAGAUGAUCAUCGCCAUCUGAACCAGUUCAUAGCUCACGCGGCUCUUGACCUUGUGGAUGAAAACAUGUGGCUUUCAAACAACAUGUAUUUGAAAACCGUGGACAAAUUCAAUGAGUGGUUUGUGUCAGCAUUCGUCACUGCAGGACAUAUGAGAUUUAUUAUGCUUCAUGAUGUAAGGCAAGAAGAUGGAAUAAAGAACUUCUUCACUGAUGUCUAUGAUUUAUACAUAAAGUUUGCAAUGAACCCAUUUUAUGAGCCCAAUUCUCCUAUUCGGUCAAGUGCAUUUGACAGAAAAGUUCAGUUUCUUGGGAAGAAGCACCUUUUAAGCUGAGUGCAGAAAAGUCCUGAAAAACAAUGAUGUCAUCACAAUAGGGAAUACUCAGGAAUGUGUGCAUUGUAAGUAAAUUUAUUAAACAACUUGGAAAACUCA